CCGCGACCCGCCGUACCUUCCGCAAAGUCCGCAGUAUGUGGCCCCGAGUUUAAGCAGUUUGGAGUUGUUUGUGCCGAAAGAGAUUGACAUGAUCAAGGCACUGAACGCGAAUAAACAAGGGUCGAAGGAUAUCAAAAUGAAAAAUCCCCCCUCCCCAUACUAAAAAGGUAUACUCCUGAAAAUUUGUGAUGCUGAUUUGUGACCACAAAUCGUCUCUGUAUUGCACGAAGGCAACUCCAGAAACUCCGCUGCGUUGUGCACGCAAUUUGUAAUGCUGUAUCGCCUAUAGAGGAUGUGCCUGCCUUGCUAGGUGCCUACACCAAAACGCCCCUCCUCAGGCUGUGCGCCUGGCUGCAGUCCUCUACUGCAACACAGAGCCGAUGUGUGUACACAAAUCCCGCAUCACAGAUUUCCAUUUUGAUAUGGGGUGGGGGGAUUUUUUAUUUUGAUAAAGGAGGGACAGAUGCUUCCGUCGCAAAUGCCAACGGUCGGAAUAACCUUGUUCAAGGAUACGACGACCCCUGCGCAAGAUCUGUAUCCAGAAAAAAAACUGUGUAAGUGUAACUUUUUUGGAAGAGCAGCACUGCAUUACAGGGAUUCGCUUUGCAUUACAGGGAAAACCUGCCAUGUGCAGCUAGUACGUGGAAACACGUAUGAUAGCAGCCUAUGACGCCCAUCCAGCAUGACAAGUGUAACAGUUUUGCAAUUUCUGCAUCACAGACUUACACUCACAUAGUCUUUUUCUUGCAUAAUCUGAAAAAGCCGUUUACGGCGAAGUCGAGAAGGAGACCAGGGUCGGAUGACGUUGGGCGAGGGAAGGAUAUGCGGGUACUUCUAUUUUGUUGUUUCAUCUGGAUGACAAAUGUUUUUAAUACGGCUCUACCUUGUCGGUCAGAUUUAUUUCAGAAGCUGUUUUUGCAACACAAAUUUCCUUUCUCGUGAAGUUUUUCCAACAUCACAAAUUACCACAGCAUCUCCGCGAGUCCAUGCGCAACAUGUCCAUGUCUCCAUCCAGAAGUUUUACCCCAUGCAAGACGAUGUAGUUUUCGACUCAACAGGAUUUGUCAUGCGACCACUAAACUUGUUUGCAAAAGAUACGCAUGCCAUACGAAAUCUAGAUUUAGUAUUGUGCAUUACAAACUACUUGCUCCAUGGAAAGCUCAAGCUCAUUUCUUGCCUCCAUACUCCUAAAAUCCGGUAGCGAGCCGAAGCACUCUCCGCCCUCCAGUCCCGGCGUCAGCCCGGUCCGAGCCCAACUGGCCGCCGCGCAAAGCAUUUCCAGCCUGCGGACCAAAAUGAUCAACAACUCACCACGGAACAUCGCGGGUUUGGUUUUCGGCGGAAAUAAUACAACAGCCAACGCGACUUCUGCUCUCGCACCAUCGCAAAACGCCGGCUUAAUAUCUCUGCAGCCGCAGCAGAUCUUCCCACUAUCGAAUUUGGAUCAGAAUUUAGACCAGGACUUGGAGCAAAUGGAUGUUGACAAAAAGUCGUCAAAAGCGAGUCUUGAUCCGAAUGGGUUCUUGAAACUUUUCGAGCCACCUCCCAGAACCAGCCUGUUGCAAAUGAGUCAGCAGAGAUCGCACUCGCCGCCGGGGCAGGGGAUUUCGUCUACUACAAUAAAUCAGCAGGGUUUUAAUAACCUUGCUGGUGCAGCGGGAACAAGUGGGACAGCAGCUGCCAGUGUCCUCCCGCAGGUUCAGGUUCAGCCGGUACCAUUGGGAUCCAUUUCACUGGAAGCGAUGCGGGGAGGGUUAACCAAUAUGGUGCCGCAACAGCAGCAGAGUGGACAAUCGCAACCGCCGCAGACUUCUUACACGAUCCCAGUGCCGCAAUUUUUGACCCCGGUAAAUCUGGCGAAUUUGCAACCUAUGGUUGGUUUGCAGCAGCUACCGAACACUACUACGGUUGCUCCUCCAGAGCAGCAGAUGGAACAACCAGUGGCAACAUCGAAGCCCUCUUCUAAUCGGUCUGCAGGGUCGUCCGCGCACAGCGGGACAACGGGCCAGCAGUUUGUGAAAGCGAAGCCGCCAGUGUCGCCCGGUGAGGAGCCGAUAGGGACGCGUGGAUCUCCAGAACAACAAGUAGGAACUGGAGCUGCUGCAACAGGAGCAGCAGCAACAGCAAGCCAAGGUCCUCUACCCCCAGCUGCAACUUCUACCGAACAGAAAAGGACGAAUGUUUUGAAGCUGAAACCCGAAAACGUGAUCCCGGUCGAUCCAACUCUGUGGCUUUCCUCCAACACGCUCGCGGCCCGUCCGCCGGUGGAUAGUAACCAAUUUCCGAUCCGCGGCCGCGAGCUCGUGCGGCCGCUGGGGCUCAGGCAGGGAAACGCACUUUCCAGCGACCAGCUAAAGCAGAACAUCGACGAGAAGCUCGACAGGAUCUACCGGUCCCGAAGUCCGGAAUUGCAGAAUCUCCGGUCCUUUGAACUGCAAAAGUAUCGUACUAUACUCGUAUAAAUGCAUUACAAAUUUCCCCAGCAUGAGAAAAAAAUAAAAUUUGUCAUGCGGAUUUACCUUAAGAAAAAAAUUUGUAAUGCAUGACUGCAAUUACUACGAGUGCGAUACUUUUGCACAGGAUAAGUCCAGUUUGAAGAAUUUACGCGGUGUCGUGGAUUUCCGAGAGGGCGGGAACACGAAACUGGUGAAUUUGUCGCCGCGACCGCAGGGCACAGAUCAUGCGGUGUCGCUGCCGAAGAGGUUGUUGCCGACCUCGCCCAAAGUCGCACUGGUGGCGUCGCCACGGGCGUGUGCAGCGGUGCUAGGACCUGCAGCAGCUGCUCUUGGGUACCAGUACGGAGGAGGUGUUGCGCCACAGCCUCCGAAUAGCUCUCUCCCAACGCCCAAUGUUGAUCCGAGAAACAACCAAUCACAGCCAUCCCCGGCACAGCAGCAGCAGCAGCAAACACAAGAACCCGUGCCGGUGUUGCACCAGCCGAUCGCUUUGGAGCCGGUGGAACUCCGGAUAUCGAAGUCGGAUAGCAAGGCAAGUUCCGUUAGCUCGCCGUUUCUCGAGGCACCACCGUUGUUGCAGAGCAGUUUGACGGUGAAAACAGUGAUGCCGGCUAGGAAGACCAAAAAAGUCGAGGGCGAGUUGGUAUUAUAUAUAGGAUUUUGUGAUAAGAGUUUUUUGAUUAUUUUGAAGAUUACUUAUGAUUGUACUAUACGCCAUGAUUUGUGAUAUUGUCAUGUUUGCGCUCAUGGGUACAGAAUUCUACAAGAACUCCAUCAAAUCAUAUACCUCCGAACAGGCUUCACCAAAAGAGCAGGACGUCGCACCGCCGAAAAAACCAAACCACGAGCGGCUUUCACACAUCGUUGCGGUUUCGGAACAUAUUGAGCAAAUCGAGGUCCUGUACCGCCAUGCGUCGGAAGCGAUGUUGGAAGGUCAACCGACCAAUCGGGUUAGUCAGAAACACGCGGAGGUUGUUGACAGUCUGGUUUCCAGCCUGGAGCCGGCGCUAGACAAAGCAGAGGCUGAGUUACAACAGCUGAGAGCAGAGCAACAAAACCAGAAGAAAGCCGAAGAUCGGGCAGCAAUGGUCAGUGAAGAUGACGACGACAGUCAUUCGAAGGGACAUCAAAGCCAGUCUUCAAAGGAGCUGCCACAGGAUGUUGCUCCAGCCGCAGUACCACUACCCGGCGCAGAAGUAGACCAGGCGACGUCCAACAAUCCGUCACCGACGUCUCCUCACAGUAACAACCCGGCCAUCCCGAGAAAGAGGAGGGCCCGAGGAACAGCUCAUGCGGUCAGUAAAGAGCACUUGGCCCUGGCCAAGGCGAUGGCGGGGGAUCUGGAGAAAAUUCACUUCCAGAGCGAAGCGCUGCAGCACGCGAUCACGCACGGCGAACUACAGGACAUCCACGAUGCGGCGGAGCAAAAUGGUGUAGUAGCAGCAGCAGCUGCUGCUGCUGCCCAGAACAACAAUGCCGCGACUAGCAAAACCUCCGUCGCCACCCCGACGCUGUACUACGAAGACCACGUCGUGGAUGGGGCCACUGGAAGUUUGUUGCUGGACCAGGAAAUCAGCCGCAUUGAAGAAAUGGAGCAGGACAACAUAUCACGUUCGAAGCAUGGUAAACCCCUCGCAGCUGCCUCCUAUAAUUCCGGAACGACACCACCAGGGAUGAUCGAUAGGCAGCCUACUCCCACCAGCACGACUGGUGGUCCCCAGCCGUAUGGAUUGCAAAAGUGUCUGGGUCUGGAAGGUUGCAAGACUUGUCAUGCAGGUUUUCCAUGAGGCGCGAGGUCUGUCAUACAUGACCUAGCAUGACAGAUUCUGUGCGACCUCUAUCAUGCCUCGCCUGCAUGAGAAAUUGCCUCUCAACUUGGUCAAGAGUGGACAGCUUUUGCUAAUCCUGCAACACAGAUUUUUGCACGAUCCAGAAAUUGCAUGACAAGUUCCAAUUCUUCCAGACCCAGACAUAUUUGCAAUGCAUAAGCCGGAUGCGAACGCGAUCAACAGUCUGACGCGGUCCGCUGCGCACCAGUAUAACCCGCUCAGCCGUUACAAUACUCAAAUCGGUUACAAUAGAAUAUGGAAAUCUGUCAUGCAAGAAGUGCAUGAUCUACCCUACUCCCACAGGAUUGCGCAUGACAAGUUCUGGAGCUCCAACCCGAACUGGAAUCUGGCGAAAUUUGUAUUGCAGAAAGUGAAACGCUGUGCGGGUCUGUCAUGCUCAUCAUGCAAUACAAAAUCCAGAUUCUAUUGUAACGUUUGAGAUGGUAACCGAUUUGAGCGGGUCAUAACAAGCAUCCGGACUUUUUCCAAAAUUACGCGGUCGAAUUUUUGCAGUCGGAGCAAAAGAUCGAGCAUUUUGGGAACUACUGUUUCCAAUUGUUGUACUUAGUAGCGAAGGCGAAGUUCGGGAAUAAUGAUUAUGAGACACAACAAGAAUAUCACCAGCAAUCGAAUUCUUCUUCCAGCAGCAGUACUUUCUCAUCGGCGAAGAAGUUCCCGAGAAUACUGGCGGAGAAGGCCACUGGGCUGGUGUUAGAGCGGUAUUACAGCAAUGACGGGUGGACUUCGAGCAAUAGUAAAAAUAAAACGCAUCCUUACCUUGGAGCUGCUGCUCCCAAACGAACAAAGCCAACUUCCUCUUCCAAAAUGUUAAACCAUCGAAUAGAAUCCCUCCCGGAGCUGGAAUUCUUCACACGCAAGUGCUUCCGGCAGCUACGCUACGACACGAUAUGGAUUGCAAAAAUGUCUGGGUCUGGAAGAUUGCAACUUGUCAUGCUAAAUCCGAAUCAUGCAAAAAUCUGUGUUGCAUGAGUGCCAAAAGCUGUCCACCUUCGAUCAAGUCUGGAGGGAGUUUCUCAUGCAGGAUAGGCAUGAGAGAGAUCGCACAGAAUCUGUCAUGCUAGGUCCUGCAUUCCAGACCUCCUGGGUCAUGGAAAACCUGCAUGACAAAUCGCGCAUUCUUCCAGACCCAGACAUUUUUACAUUUGAUACACGAGCCCAGAGGAGGAAUUCCAAACGUACGAAAUGACGCAUCUGCGGUCACCUCUAUCCACGUUGGAAGACCACGAUGAUGCAAAUAACGCAUCAAGUGACGAUCCAACCGCACGGAAAAACAACCGAAAUAUCCACGAUUUCUUCGAGAAGUUCGAGUUGAUAGUAUCAGAAUGAAAAAUGCCCCCACCCCCGAACUUGAAAGCAUUUGUAUUGCAAACCUUUCCAAAUGAAACAUUCGCCCUCUUGCACCUAUCAGCAUCACAGGUUUCCAAUCGUGAAUAGCGAAAAUUUGUAUUGCAAAAGACCCCAGCAAGAGCGGCGCUUGUCAUGCAAGCGAUGCGAUACACGACUAGACUCUGCAUCAGAAAGAUUCAUACUCCUUUCAUGCAUGACAAAAGGGUUUCAUUUGGAAACUUCGCAUCACAAAUUUUUGCCAUUUGAGGGGUGGGGGGCACUUUUCACUGUAAUAGAUAGCAAGAGACGAAUUGUCGGUGGACUUCAAGUGCUACGAAAAGGUAUCCUGUGCAAAAGUAUCGUAUUCGUAUUACAAUCAUGCAUUACAAAUCCCUUUCUUAAGCCAAAUCUGCAUUACAAAUUUUAUUUCUCAUGCUGCAGAAACUUGUAUUGUAUUUAUACGAAUACGAUACUUUUGCAAUGCAUAAAAGGGCUACGUCAGCAACACGAAUCGGUUCCUGCGGAUGAAGCGGAGGUGCAAGCGGAUCAACAAAAAUCUGAAAACCGCGGAGAAGCCGUGGGAUCAGGUUCGGGCGGAGAUGAGCAUUGUCGCGAAUUUCGUGAAGCAUCCGAAUUUAGUGCAGGUGUUGGACUUUUUCGAGGACUACCAGUAUUUUUACCUUGUGUACGAAAACUACGGAAAUGGGAAUUACGGUAGCAGUUCCUCUUCUACCAUGAAAACGACGAGUCACCCGUCGCAAAACCAACAAUCCUCCUCCGCUUCCAUCUCAGAACCGCUGCUGGAAAACCUGGCCAAGGUGUUUCAGUCGGGGGGCACAAUUAAAGAAGAAUCGGUGUACCGGAUUAUUGACAAAAUCUUGAAGACGCUGGACUACGUGAGGAAUGAUUCCUUCAACCUGCCCCACGGGAAAAUCACGGUGGACAAUGUUUUUGUCCGGAACGGGAAGCAGAUUUUGCUAGUCAACUACGGCCUAGAGUAUUUGAUGGGGUUGACGCCGAGUGAAGAUGCCCUGUACAGUAGUAAACCUGCGACCUGCGAGUCCUUUUCACCAGCAUCGAGAGCUACUUCCGUCGACUUUGACGACGUUGCAUCGCUGAUGAGCCUGUUAUUGACGGGCGAGGAGGUGUCUAGUGAACAAUCAGACCAUAUCAAAGUGAAAAAAGCCCCCACCCCAUAUCGGAAACGGAAGAUGCCCGAAUUUGUGAUGCUGUAUUUGAGUACACAAAUCGAUUUGUAUUGCAAGAAGGCCAAGAGACGAAGCUGCGGCCUAAAUUGCAGGUGAUCUGUCAUGCUGUUUCCCACUUCCAGUUGCCUCCUGUCAUCCUGGAGCUGCAAGCCUUUCCCACGCUAGACAGCACUACAGUCCGCAUCUUUUGCCUUCUAGAAUCACAAAGCUGAUUUGUGACCACAAAUCUGCAUCACAGAUUUCCGUUUUGAUAUGGAGAGGGGCCAUUUUUCAUUGUAAUAGACCAUCAUCCGGACGGUGGGCAAGGAACUACAUCAACGUGGGCUUGGUCCAUGUAUUCGCCACACGCGUUAUCGAAAAGAAAAAUCCCCCCUCCCCAUAUCGAAACGAAAUUUCUGAUGCUGGAUUUGUGUACACAAAUCCGAGCUGUCUUGCUGGAGAGCAUUGCAGGCCCAUACUAAGUGUGAGUAGAGAGGUUUUGGCCUAGGCCCUUAGCAUGAAAAAUAUCCGCGCUGUAGGUCCAACAGCAGGACAAACCGCCUGCACAAUGCGGCGGAGCCUGCGGAGUUGCCUUCUUGCAAGACAGACGCGAUUUGUGGCCACAAAUCAGCGUCACAAAUUUCAAAAAGUAUACCUUUGCAGUAUGGGGAGGGGGGAUUUUUCCUUAUGAUACGCGUUCGAUUUCUACGCGCUGUUAGCCUUUGGCUCGCCGUCUUGGGAAGAAAUCCGGUCGCAUCCCUGGUUGAGCUCUGCGACGAAUGCGGAAAAGGGAACAACGGUAUAGUGAACCAGGUGAUUUUAUUCAAAGCGACUUAAAGCGGCUUCAACAUCUCUUUUUCGAAACAAAAGAAAAAAAAUUGAUUUCUUGUUGCAUUCGAUCACUGACAGGUGUUGAAGCUUCUUGUCAUGGUGCAUGAUCGCAGCAGAAGCCCUCAAUACCUCCCUCACAAACACACACACACACACACACACACACACACACACACAACAGGUCCCGAGAGACGUGAUCACCAAGCUGGUGAAGAGUCACAAGCAGAAAUCCAGCUACCAAAACUGCCUGUUCGAGCUUUUUCUCCACGCUUCCAACCCGAAGAUUGGGCCCCAACUGCUGCAAGCAGACAGCUUUUUCAAGCAACACGACGAGGAGAAUAAGGGGCGGGUUUCGGUGGACGUGAUUGGCUACGUGUUGAGCAACUUGCUGCACUUCGAUUCGGUUUUGGCGUUGAAGGCGGAAAGGGUAUCCUGAGAAAAAAAUGUUGCAGUUACACACUCUGAUGCAUGUCCAGCAAGACGAGCAACCUCUGUCAUGCAGGAAAUGCUUGCCGGCCUCAUUGUACGCGUGUUUUCCCUUGUAGUCUGCGCAUUACAAGUUUUCUUUGCUAUGCAGAGCAACUUUGUGAUGCUGGAAUUACAUUACAAAUGUGUAACUGUAACACUUCUUUCCUUGGAUAAAAGGUCUGCUUGGAGUAUUACGGCGGCCGGGCAAACGGAGACUUGGUGGCAUACACACCGUAUUGAGUUGUGGUUUUAUUUUCUGUUGCCUGUUGCAUGACAAAAAAUGGAAGUUUCUCAACAUCUAUUGACAUGAAACUAAUGAAACUCUGCAUGACAACCUGAACAUUCCAGGUUCCUGACCGAGCUCCUCCGCAUCGGGGUGGAAAACGCGCUGCAAGAGCUGUGGAAAAUCUUCCAGCACUACACCAGGCAAGCCAACCAGGACUACACCUCCACAAACGAGAUUCCGAUUGCUUUUGCUACCGAAUAUUUGCUGAAAGCAGUGCAGAUGAACCAGGUAGCCGUGUCGGGUGUAAUGACCUCCAGUUCAACAUCUUCUCCGGCAGGAACAUCCUCUACAAACAGUGGUGCGUGCUCUUGGUUCGGAAGUUUGGAUUUUUUGGUGAACGAGGUCGGCAUUGUUCGCCAGGGCAUCGAGAAUCAGCAGAGGUUGGUUAGCGGUGACGCGGAUGUUGACAGCGUGGUUAUUGGGAGUGAGGUUACUACAAUCGAAGACUUGUUUGACCAGAUCUUCAACGCACGCUUUCGUCAGGCGUGAGGGGAGGUGGAGUUAGCAAAGGAGAACUUGACGACGGGAAGAAGUGGAAAAGAAAGAUAAAAAUACACUUUGACUUAGGGCUGCUCUAGACCUUCAUCAAUCUUCAUGGGCUAGAUGUCGGAAAUUCCGAACGCACUUGCUUUCACCAACUGCAUAAUUUCUUGUACGAUUCUUCACCACUACAGCUGCAUUUUUCAGAAAGAAUUCGCGAAACUUCGUUUCGUUUCUAUCUACAAAUUGUUGUUCCGCAAAAACGUCAGAUAUCCAUGUACCAUAUAGAAAAGCUGACUUCCUCUUCAUUUUUACAGUCUACCUACUACCUACAGAUCCGCGAGAGUGCGGCUUAUUCUCUUUUACUCUUUUGAUAUCGACGCGCAUUCAUCAGAGCGCAACCGCCAUUCGGGUGGAAAUUGUUGUGUCAUCGUGUUGACUUGUCGCUCGGAACUCAGUACGAGGACUACGAUUUCCUGUAUAUAGAAAAACUUUCCAUAUUCAUGAUCAAAGAACAGCAUUGGAAUUUUCAUGUUCAUUAUUCUUCUGAGGACAUUCAAUUAUAUUACAUCUAUGUGCUAUGUUUCAUCUGGUUUCCGUUUGUGUAGUUUAUGGGCGCAAUUAGCGAACCACCUGAGAUGAAAAUCUGACGAAGGUAUGAUAUUGACGAAGACGCGAUGCCGCAUCGCAAUCCAAUAGUUAUUGAAAUUGAUCAACGCAAGACACCAGAGGUCCGCACUUUCGCGAUAGAUAGCGGAAUGCGAAGCCAAUGUGCAAAUGCUCGCCAGAAAAUGUUGUACAAUACCGGUAGCGUUCAUUUCCGAACCUAGCAAAACGCGAAAACAAUU